UCCACACAGACGACAGAUUGGCCUCUCGCACCCGGCUAUCCCUUCCCCACACAGACCACAGAGAGCAGACGGCGGCCGAUCGGGAGUGAGGGAGACGAUACGUACGGCCGCUCGGCAUGGACGAGCACGACGACGACCUACCGCCGACGAUGGCGUCCUCAGGCGCUGACCAGACGCAGAAAGCGUCAGCCGCCGCUUCCUCUGGCGCUGCCAUGGAUCUACCGCUGAUGGAGCCCGCCGCCGCCGCUUCAUCUGGUGCUGGGGGUCAUGGCUUCAGGAGGCUGUUUGAUGGCCAACUUCUACAAGACCUUGUGACUCAGCGUGAUUGGGCUAAUCUGGAAAAACAACUAAAGAUACUAGUUUCUGCUGUGGAUGUACAUGGCGAUCCUGAGAAGCUGCAUCCGUCCCUUUUCAUCAUUGUGUACCAGGAGUGGAUAGUUGACCAUAUCAAGAAGAAAGAGCACGGAGCUGCACUUAAGAUGUUCAUCGAUAAAGUUUCUAUUCUAUAUGAGGUGGAGGGUGCAUUUAUUAAUAGAAGUGAUCUGAAACUUCAAAUCAAUAGGUUGCACAAAAUUGCCAAUGCCAAGGCUAAAGCCAAGGCUACUCCAGUUAAGGCCAUCCAAGACAGAUUGAGUGACUAUAUAUACCUGUACUUUGCUGAUUUUUAUGGGCCUGAGAAACAAGCUGGCUGUCAUAGUCACUUAUGGCGGUUUGCUAAAAUGAUAGGGAAGCCACCUGGUCAGGAAGAUCCCAGCUUUAGGUGUCUCGCUUGUAGAACCACUUUCAGGAACUGCCCAAUUUCUAAGAUGAGAGAUCACUUAGACACCAGAACCAGCGGAGGAACUUGCCCAAAGCUAACGAUAUAUAUGCAGGUUUGUUUCAAUGAAGGUGAAACCCAAAAGGGAAAUACAGUCCCAAAGCAUCAUGGUUCUGAUGGGAGAUCUACCCCCUCAAGACAUGCGAAGGUCGGGAAAACUGGUAAACAAAACAUUGCAAUACAAGACAAGCUGCCAGCGGCGGAGGGAAGACCUGAAAAUUUCCUUGUGACUAAACUGGUUGAGGCUAUUCACGCCACUGCCUGGGGCCUGCAUAUGGUGUCUGCGGGUAAACCCUUGGAACCAAAAGUCGAGGAAAAGUUGAGGGCUGCUAGAGACCUCCUGGGUGAGGUACUUGUCAGCGACUCUGCUGAUGAUGAUGAAGAAGAAGAAGAAUUCACAUCAGGCUCCACUGGUGCUCCGCCCGACGCUGAACUGGUAUCUGGGACAUUUCCGGAUGGGCAGGGGAGAUCGCGUUUCAGGAGGUCCAAGAAGCAGAAUCCACGCUAUUAUGGCCCGGCGUGGCACAGCAAGUGAGGGAUAUGACAGCGUAGCGAUGUGUGAGUCCUAUAAGUAUCGUCCAGCAUUUUGCUGAAUUGGCUAUGAGGAAUCUUGUAAGAACUCGUCCGUCCUAUGCCUACUGCUUGCUCUGCUUACCUGAUUCCGAUUCUUCCGCUGCCCAAUCCUCUGCUGCUAACAGUACUUUCGCAGAAGUCCAAGCAUGGUUGAGUGCUAGACAUCUCUCUUCCUCUUAUGCAAAAAAGUGAAACGGCUACUCUUUGCAAGCUUGCACGACAGAAAAGAAUUCUGCAUUUUCUGACUGCCAGUUUAUAUUUGUAAUAUCAGUUACUGAUGAUCUACGCUACUGAAAGUCAUGUGAAGGAGCGACCAAGGAGGUUUAUUAUUAUCGCAUCUUUGUUGUACUAAAAGCUUGAGAUACGAGUUUGUAUUUUCUGUUUUGAGAUUUAACGUUUGGCCCUACAUCUGUUACUUGGAAUGGGCUCUGAAAUAUUUUUCCUUGAAUGAUCUAAACUACUGAAGGCAGCUUUGCCUCUUGUCCCACCGAAAGAGCUGUUAUUGUGGGCGCUUUAUACAAACACGUUGUAUGUUUGUUUGAA